ACAGGUUGUUAAUAUGAUUCCUUUGUUUUUAAUUCUGUUAAUAAUAUUUUACAUGAUCUGCGAUGUUAAUUAUUUUGUGCGGACGUUGUUUACGGUUUUUAUGAGCAGAAUGAUUCGGAUUAAAAAAUAUCCUACACUUACUGACGUCACAACAGUGUACGGGAUGUGUACAUUACAAGACUGCGACAUUUGGUUUGAAAAUUUACGCCUAGCGAGACUUGUAAGAGACUUGGAUUUUGCACGUUACCACUUUUACGAUCAGACGGGAAUUUACCAGCGAAGUUGUAAGCUGGAUAUUCAUUCGCUUCAGGGAUCUACGUUGACUGUGACAUUGUCGCCUAUACCACUUUUCGCAAUUUAUAAAAUUAACACUAAGUUGGUAUAUUGGGACGAUCGUUCCUUAUUUUUCGAACACGAAGUAGUGACAGUACGUGACAAUGAAGUGCGUUCUCUUCUGGUAUCCCGUCAGUACGCCAUAAGAAAUACAGAUGUUUCCACUACCAAACUCCUAUUGAAAGAUUUACCAGGAUCGCACAGCAAGCCCACCUGUCCUGAGUAUAUUAAAAGCUGGUUAAACAGCCAGGAAAUAUCUAGCACCAAAUUGAGGAAUACCAUCUAA